UGCAGCCAAAUCACAUGAUAGGAGAAGGUGGAAGUUGAGGAUACAAACUCCUCCCCCACCCUCAUACACAUAUUCUCACAUUUCUUCCUCCUUUCCCAAAUAUCACAAAUUAACAAAAUACAUAACCAUGAGUUAUCCUCCUGUUGCCAAUCCUCCUCCUCAAGGUUAUCCUCAACCAGAUCAACCUAAAGAUGGAUAUCCACAACAACAACAAGGGUAUCCUCAACCAGGUUACCCUCCACAAGGGUACCCUCAACCAGGGUAUCCACCACAAGGGUAUCCUCAACCGGGGUAUCCUCCACAAGGGUAUCCUCCUCAGGGCUAUCCACCUCCGGCUUAUGCACCUCAGGGCUAUCCACCUCAGGGGUAUGCUCCUCCACCACCCCAGCAACAAAAGCAAAGCGGUAGCUUCAUGGAAGGAUGUUUGGCUGCACUUUGCUGUUGUUGUCUCCUUGACGCUUUCUUCUAAUGAGAAUCUUCAACGAAUAAGCUUCCAUUGAUCGGCGAAUCUGUCCCCAGCAGGGUCCUCUGUCUAUAGCUCUACCUCGAUAGAUAACACCUGGAUAUUUUUCUCGGUGUUGAUUCUUGUUGUUGGUCUGUGCUCUUAGUUUGAAUUGAUGUAGGUUUGUAAAUUCCCAAAGGUACUGUAUUUACUUGUAUGGAAAUGCACUUGCUGCAAUUUCUUAUUUGAUACUGCUGAGUUGUUUGUGUGUGAUUCUAAUAAUGGGGAUUGAUCCUUUGUAAUUCAUCGCCUUGUUGCAACUUAUUUGAAGUGUUCAAAUAAUGACGUUUCUCGUAA